ACGGCGAAACCCCUCUCUCCUCUCCUCUUCUCUUCUCCUCUUUUCUUUUCUUUUCUUUUCUCUUCUUCUUCCAUUAGAAUCAAUUCAGUCAUUCAUUCAAUUUCUUCUUCACCAGAAAUCACCAAACUCUCUCUCCCCCCUCUCUCUCUCUCUCUAUGCACCAACUUCAUUGAUUCACCCCGUUUCCCUUCGCGCGAGCUGUCUUAAUGUCGUCGGGAUUCUCCGGCGGCGGUGCCCCGGAGUUCUACGCGGCCACCGGCGGAAUCCGUCCCAGAUCCGCCACCGCAGGGCCUCAGCAGCAGCUAUACAGAGCGGCCCAGCAACAGUUCCAGGGAAUCUUUCUGGACCCUUCCGCCUCUCAGAUCGCCCAACAACCGGCCCCACCACCACUUAAUCUCAUCGGCAAGCGCACGCUGUCUGAGUUCCAACAGAACCAGGCCCUCAACAACCUCCUCCUCCGCUCUGUCAGGCCGAGGACUUACCUGCAACGAUCCCCGUUGGAAUUCUCCGGGGCUCUUCCGGCUCAGAGGUUCGGCGUGCCUUUGCUCCAGCAGCUGAGGCCACAGCCCAUUAAUCUCGCCAAUGGGGGGACCAACCCCACCAAUCCGACUCCCGCUCCUGCGCCGAUCAACCAGGGGGUGGAGACGGAAACGAAGAUGAUGAAUCGGCUACAGGAGCUCGAGAAGGCACUCCUCGACGACGACGAUAACGGGGACGCCGCCUCGGUGAUCACCAACGCCAACAGCGAAUGGUCUGAGGCGAUACAGAGCCUCAUAAGCCCGACUCAGAACCCGAUUGCUUCUUCCUCCCCGUCUUCUUCGUCGUCGUCGUCUUCUCCGUCCUCAUCUGUAUCCGUCCCAUCUCCGGCUGCUAUUAUUUCGAAGCAAUCGUUGGUCGAGGCCGCGACCGCAAUUUAUGACGGGAAGAACGACGUCGCAGCGGAGAUCUUGGCCCGUCUAUCUUCGGCUUCAAACCUGAGAGGCAGUUACGAGCAGAGGUUGAUGGAUUAUGUGCUAUCUGCCCUCAGAGCGAGGGUUUUCCCGGCGGAGAACUCGCCUCCGGUGACCGAGUUGUUCAGCAAGGACCACGUCCUGUCGACUCAGCUCCUCUACGACCUCUCCCCCUGCUUCAAGCUCGGCUUCAUGGCCGCCAAUUUUGCGAUCCUGGAGGCUGCGGCGGAACAGCCCGCUGCUAACAAGCUCCACGUGGUUGAUUUCGAUAUCGGGCAGGGCGGACAGUACGUCAACCUCAUCCACGCGCUUUCCACGCGCCAGGCUGGGAGACCCUCCGCCAUGAGGAUCACCGCCGUCUCCGACUUCGCCGGCUGUGAGGAACGGCUGACAGCUGUCGGGAAACAGCUGAGCAAGGUUGCAGCCGACGUACGGUUGGGGUUCGAGUUCCGCGUGGUGAACCAGCGGCCGGCCGAGUUAACUAGGGACUCGCUGGGUUGCGGCCCUGACGAGGCACUCGCAGUGAACUUCGCGUUCAAACUGUACCGGAUCCCCGACGAGAGCGUCUCUAUCGAAAACCCCCGGGACGAGCUGCUCCGGCGAGCCAAGGCGUUGGAGCCACGUGUGGUGACGCUGGUGGAGCAGGAGAUGAAUGCGAACACGGCCCCGUUCGUGGGGCGGGUGAACGAGGCGUUCGGGUACUACGGGGCGCUGAUGGAGUCCAUCGAGUCGACGGUGCAGAGGGGCACCUCGGACCGUGCGAGGGUGGAGGAAGGCCUGAGCAGGAGGGUGGCAAACUCGUUGGCGUGCGAGGGGAGGGACCGGGUGGAGAGGUGCGAGGUGUUCGGGAAGUGGCGGGCGCGCAUGGGGAUGGCGGGGUUCGGGCCGAGGCCGGUGAGCAUUCAGGUGGUGGAGUCGCUGAAGGCCCGGCUCAGCUCAGGGAACCGGGUCAACCCGGGUUUCACGGUUAAGGAAGAGGGUGGUGGGGUCGGGUUCGGUUGGCUCAGCCGCACUCUCACCGUCGCAUCCGCUUGGCGUUAACUUCACUCUCCCCCGCCCAUCCCUCUCUCACUUUGUUCGUUAGCCAUUAUUAUUAUUAUUAUUAUUAUUAUUAUUAUUGAUGAUUAAUUAAAAAAAAUCAUCAUCUUAUAUUUUGAAGAAAUAUGAUUAAUAUUACCAGUAGAAAUGUAAUAUUUUCGCAAAGCAUAGACGGUUCGGUUCUGAGAAAUUUUCCCGGGAAAAUGGAAUUGGGAAAAUAUUAUAUAUAUAUAUAUCUAUGAAUGAAUAUAUAUAUAUAUAUUAGAGAGAAAGGGGAAUGAAAUUGAAUGAAUGAAUGGAAUAAAAAUCCUCGAGAGUUUCUCUUUGUUUGUU